AUGAAUAUACUUGAAGAGUUGGCUGCUGGAGGCAAGAUAUUGACUGGUGAAGAAGAUGCCAGGAAAGAUGGGGAUGACGAUCAUGUAGAUAAGGAAGAGGAAGAUGUUGAUGAUGAUGUGGACGACAAAGAUCAACGUGACGAGGACUAUGAAGAUGAUGCAGACGACAGGGAUCGACGUGACGAGGACUAUGAAUAUGAUGCAGACAUCAGGGAUCGACGUGACAAGGACUAUGAAGAUGAUGCAGACAAGGACGAUGAAGAUGAUGCAGACGACGAGGACUUUGAAGAUGAUGGAGACGACAGGGAUCGACGUGACAAGGACUUUGAAGAUGAUGCAGACGACCAAGAUCAUCGUGACGAGGACUAUGAAGAUGAUGCAGACGAGGACUAUGAAGAUGAUGCCGACAAGGACUAUGAAGAUGAUGCAGACGAGGACGAUGAAGAUGAUGCAGACGAGGACUAUGAAGAUGAUGCAGGCGAGGACGAUGAAGAUGAUGCAGACGACGAGGAUGAUGCAGACGACGAGGACUUUGAAGAUGAUGGAGACAACGAGGAUCGACAAAGUACAUCAAGGACACAUUCCAAGUCGACAUGGACAGGCAGGCCGUUUUCAUUUUUCAUCCGAAAAGCCCUCAAUACCGGUGUGCAGAAGGGAGUUCUUAUCCAGACCAAGGGCAAGGGAGCUUCCGGUUCAUUCAAAUUGGACCCAGCAAAGGACAAGGCCAAGGAACAGGCGGAGAAGGUCAAAGAACGAGCCAAGGCCAAGAAAGAGAAGGAUCAAGCAAAGAAAGCAGAGAUGAAAGCCAAGAAAGCAGAGAAAGCCGCAGCCAAGAAGGAGAAGGCCAAGAAAACCAAGAUAACCAAGAAGAAGACUCCAAAGAAAAUCGUCAAGAAGACACCCACCAAGAAAGUUGCAGCCAAGAAAACAGCAGCCAAGCCAUCAAAGAAAGUCGCCAAAGCCCAGCAAAGCGCAAAGAGUCCCAAGCCAACAGGCAAAGAAGGCCACCAAAGCAGCAAAGCCGAAGGAAGACCACCAAGCCAAAGAAGUACAAUCAAGAUGGUGGUUGCCGCUAUCGUGGCACUGAAGGAAAAAAACGGUUCGUCCAGUCAAGCCAUCAGAAAGUACAUCAAUGACACAUUCCAAGUCGACAUGGACAGGCAGGCCGUUCACAUCCGAAAAGCCCUCAAUACCGGUGUGCAGAAGGGAGUUCUUAUCCAGACCAAGGGCAAGGGAGCUUCCGGUUCAUUCAAAUUGGACCCAGCAAAGGACAAGGCCAAGGAACAGGCGGAGAAGGUCAAAGAACGAGCCAAGGCCAAGAAAGAGAAGGAUCAAGCAAAGAAAGCAGAGAUGAAAGCCAAGAAAGCAGAGAAAGCCGCAGCCAAGAAGGAGAAGGCCAAGAAAACCAAGAUAACCAAGAAGAAGACUCCAAAGAAAAUCGUCAAGAAGACACCCACCAAGAAAGUUGCAGCCAAGAAAACAGCAGCCAAGCCAUCAAAGAAAGUCGCCAAGCCCAGCAAAGCCGCAAAGAGUCCAAAGCCAAAGUGGUCGUUUCAGGCUUAG